UGGGAGAGGAGGUCUUCAGUGAGGGAACACGAGUGAGCUGCCGUUCAAAGAACUACUGAGCAACCACAACUUGACUGACUGACUGGGCUCGAAAAGCUAUCACCAACAACCCGAGUGAAUAUCUAGAACGUCUUCAAUAUGUCAAAAGUCAAUCUCAGUAUUGUGGCAGUCAGCAUUCUGCUGGUAGUGGGGACAUGGGCCCAGAAUCCCAAGAAGGCGCUGAAACCACCAAAGCCAAACAAGGCUCAGUGCUGCGAUGAGGUGCGUUCUCUCAAGGUUCAAGUGGCUAAUCUGACCAGUCUCCUCGGGGAGCUGAGCCGCAAGCAGGAGGCAGACCUGAUGACUGUCGUGAGGCAAAUCAUGGACCUGGACAAACAGAACCGGCAGCAGGAAGCCAGGGUCACCGAGGCCGAGAGCAAGUACUCUGAAAUCAACAACCGUGUGGAGAUCAUGCAGCUUCAGACCCUGCAGUCUGCUCCUCAGACGACAACAUCAGAUGCCAUCUAUGACUGUGCAACACUCUACAGCAAGAACUAUAAGAUCUCUGGCGAGUACAAACUUCCAAAAGAUGAGUUCCUGGGAACACCUGAGCUCAGUGUGUUCUGUGAUAUGGAGACAAACGGAGGUGGCUGGACUCUCAUCCAGAGGCGUAAAGUUGGUCUGACAAUAUUUAGCCGCGACUGGAAGCAGUACAAAAGCGGAUUUGGAUCCAUCCGCGGAGACUUCUGGCUUGGCAAUGACCACAUAUUCCGUCUAACAAGGCAGCCUAGUGUGCUCAGAAUUGAGAUGGAGGACUGGGAAGGAGAGACUCGUUAUGCUGAGUACGGGCUUUUCUCUGUGGCCAAUGAGCUCAACAGCUACAAGCUCUUACUUGCCAACUACAGAGGGAAUGCUGGAGAUUCUUUGCGCUACCAUAACAACACCAACUUCAGCACUUUCAACAAAGACAAUGACAAGUGUGUGGAUAACUGUGCGGCAUUGCGCAAAGGUGGUUACUGGUACAAUUGCUGCACUGACUCAAACUUGAAUGGAGUUUUUUACCGCUACGGUGAGCACAUGAAGGGCACGGAUGGGAUCACUUGGUACGGAUGGCAUGGUCCCAACUAUUCCCUCAAAAAGGUGGAGAUGAAAGUCCGGCCAGUAGGUUUCCAGCCCUAAAUUCUACAGAUGUAAAUCCUGGAUCAAGACCACACAAGAUCUCACUUAUACAUGAUCAACCAAAAAUGGCUUUCCGACAGCUGCCAAAGGAAGUCAAUUUGUUGAGAAUUGCCUUGAUGAGGUUCAAGUCAGUUGAAUGUUUUGUUGGUAUUGGGUGUUAUUGUAAAUUGUAGUUGUGUUUAGUAUAUUUAUCAGAAAAAUAUUGUAUUUUAAAUGUAUGCUCUUUUUCCACUGUACCACAUGGGUGGCUGGACUAUGACUCAUUUACAGUACUUGCAAAAUCAAGAAAGCUUUUUUUUUCCUGCAUUGAUAAAUUUCAUUCAUGAAGAGUAGCAAAGACAUGUCAAGGUGGAUCAAAUCUAUAUCAUGUGUGGGUAAAACCCAAUUUCAAUGCAUCGUUUUAUUGCUGGAAUGGGACCAAAUGCAUUUUAAUUGUGCUGCAUUUUAUUUUAAAACAAACUAUUGAUGUCUGAAAUUUGUAAAAUGUGUACAGAGCUGUAAGUAUGCUGUUUUUAUGUGACAGAAAAUAAACAUAUUUUUUAAAA